AUGCAAGCAAAGUUUAGAUCAACUUUUAAUAAAGUACGACUUCUUUUCUCAAAGAAAAAUCCUAAAUUAUCUGGCAAGCACAAGAAAAAAGCUUUAAGUGUCAAUGAAAUGAAAAUGCUGCUUUUUGACAUAUUUCCUAAUCUCCAGUCUGAGCUUUCUCAUAAAAAAACAAUUAAUGAUGUUCUGGAUGUGGUGAAGAGAAAAUGUAGCAUUGUUGAUGUUCAUCCACUUGAAGUAUUAGCUGUUCAUUUUAAAAUAAAAGAGGCUGAAAACAUCAUCAUAAAACAUAAAGAAGCUGCUAAGGUUUUUUGCAGGUCGGUAUUUGUGAGUCUUUCCAAUGACAAAACAUUCCAAGCAAUCCCUACACGAUAUUUACUAUCUGAAAUCAUAACCUUAGUCUUAAACCGGAAUCCUGACAAAACCACCUUGCAAGAUAUCAAUGACAUACUAUUAGAGUUACAGCUUCUUCACAAAUAUUGCAUAAAAGUAGUUGAAAUUAAACCUGGUCAAUCAGUUGUAGUAACCUGCUAUUGUCCUGCUGAAUACACUGGCUUACUGAUAAUGGCUGUCCUUAAUAAAAUAGUGAUACUGCAAGAGAAAGGAUUGAAGAAAUUUAUAUUAGGGAAGCACAGUACUGUGUGGGAUGCUCAGGUAGUAGACCUAGUGAAUGAGAACAAAGACUUGCUGGUACAGAUUAAUAAUUUAAAAGCUGCUUUAGAAGAGAGAGAUAAAAGGAUAACAGCUACUGAAAUAAAUUUGGUAACAUUUCAAGAAAUAUCAGAAAACAGAUUUAAAAAAAUAGAAGCAAUACAAAUGAAGCUUGAAGAGAGUCAAUGGAUUAAUGUUGAAGAGAUAUCAAAGAUAAUUAAAGAUGAAUCAUCUGAUAGUGACACAUCAAGUACAUAA